AUGGAGGCAAAGUCUUCACGUGUCUUCAGAAUUCUGAACAUUGUGUGCAUGUGUUUUGUGAUGGUAUACGUGUUCUGGUUCUCGUUCUCGCCAAGAACCAACACAACCGUAAGGGUGAUAAACAAGUUCAGGACAGUUCGGUCAGAUAGAUGGAUAGUUGUGACUACCAUUUCCUACCCAACUCCGGACAUCAAGUUCCUGGCAAAGAUACCCGGAUGGAAGAUCGUUGUUGUUGGUGACACCACAACACCAAAGGACUGGAGGUACCCUAACUGUACCUUUCUGAGCUUGGACGAUCAGCAUGGACUUGGUUUUGAGACAACCCCACACCUUCCAGAACGGAGCUAUGCCAGGAAGACAGUGGGGUAUCUGUUUGCAAUAGCCUAUGGCGCUAAAGUUAUUUACGAAACUGAUGAUGACAACCGCCCUCUUGAUCUACUAAAACAGUUUGUCCUAGAUCCAACAAUGUGGGGUCUCUUGUAUAAAGGAGAAAAUCUUUUCAACCCUUACCGCCAUUUUGGACAGCCAACACUAUGGCCAAGAGGCUACCCACUUGGUUCUGUGGGAGAAAAUAUCACUCAAGAGUAUGAGCUGAGUCACUGGAAAACUCCGUCCAUACAACAGGGCAUUGUGAAUGGCGACCCGGAUAUGGAUGCCAUUUUUAGACUGACACGGAAACAAACCCAUUCUCAGCUCAAUGUGACCUUUGAUGACCGAGCUCCACCAGCAAUUGUUCCAGCUGGGGUGUUCUCUCCCUUUAAUUCCCAGAAUACCCUUUUCCUCUAUGAUGCAUUGUGGGCUCUCUUGAUUCCAACUACAACCACGUUCCGAGUAUGUGACAUCUGGAGAGGCUACUGGGCUCAGAGACUUCUUUGGGAGAUGGGAGGAAACUUGGGAUUCUUUCCACCAAAUGCAUUCCAAAAGAGGAAUUCACAUUCCUACAUCCGGGAUGCUGUGAAUGAAAAGGAUUUGUAUUUCCAAACAGAACGUCUUGUCGACUUCCUCCGAACGUGGACAUGUGAACCAGACAAACCAUUCUUUGCCUGCAUGACUAAACUGUCUAUAGACAUGGCACAUGAGAAAUUUUGGAAGGCAGAGGAUGCUGACCUCAUUCACUUCUGGGUCAAAGACCUCAAAACACUGGGAUACAAAGAACCAAGACGAAUUCCAUUAGGUUCUCUUCAAAAUGGCGUUCAAGUCACACUAGAUUCAAAACUGCCAAACCAAACUCGCAUGACAAAUCAACAGGUCAAUGUCACAUUCUGGGCAGCUGAACAGACACCACCUCAAGUAUAUUCCACAGUUCUUCCCAACACCAGCAGUCAGAUCGUCACUACACGACCGAUACCAACCAGCACUUUGUCCACUAUUGGUCAGCAGGGAGUAUUUGGAGGUCAGCCUGUGAUCCCUGGUGUCAACCCACUCAAGAGAAAGCUGGAAGACGAUGAUUAA